CGGCCCCGGCGGGACCCUGCGGCCUACCGCGCUGUCGCCAUGGCGACGGCACGCCGGAAGUGGCUCCACCGCCAAAUCCCUCCCCACCCGGCCGAUCCACUUCCGGUCCGUCCCCAGUGAGGUCCGGCCGCCCCCCGUGACCCCGCGGGUGGUUCCGGGUCGGGCGGAGUCCGCGGCCAUGGCGGCGCCGGGGCAGAGCGGGAGCAGCUGCCGGCUGGAGUUCACGGUGCAGAUGCAGUGCCAGGGCUGCGCAGACGCCGUGCGGUCGGCGCUGCGGGAAGCCCCAGACGUGCGGCUGCUGGAGCUGCGGCUGGAGGCGCAGACGGUGCUGGUGGAGACGACGGCGGCGGCCGAGCGGGUGCGGGAGCUGCUGGAGAAGUCGGGGCGCCGGGCGGUGCUGAAGGGGAUGGGGGGGUCCGAUGACGCGAACCUGGGGGCGGCGGUGGCGGCGCUUUCCGGCCCCGGCGCGGUGCGGGGCCUGGUGCGGUUCCUGCAGGUCUCGCCGACGCGGUGCCUGGUGGACGGCGCCGUCGAUGGGCUCCCGCCGGGUCCCCACGGGAUCCACGUCCACGAAUUCGGGGACCUCUCGCGCCCCUGUGACAGCUGUGGGGGCCACUUCAACCCCGACGGCGAGUGCCACGGGGGACCCCAGGACCAGCACCGGCACGUCGGGGACCUGGGGAACAUCUGGGCUGAUGCCGAAGGCAAAGCCAGCUUCCGCAUGGAGGACUCGCGCCUGAAGGUCUGGGACAUCAUCGGGCGCUCGGUGGUGGUGGAUGCGGGCGAGGACGACCUGGGCCAGGGCUCCCACCCGCUCUCCCGGGUGACGGGGAACUCAGGGCCGGGGCUGGCCUGCGGCGUGGUGGCCCGCGCGGCCGGGCUCUUCCAGAACCCCAAGCGGGUCUGCUCCUGCGACGGCGUGACCCUGUGGGAGGAGAGGGACCGGACCACGGCAGCCCCCGGCCCCACGGCAGCCCCCGGCCCCACUGCAGCUUCCAGCCCCACGGCAGCCCCGGCCCCCCACCUCUAGGAGCCGCCCCCGGGACAGCAAUAAACGAUAACUCGCUCUGCA